CCUAACUCACAUCCUAUCCUCUCGAUGCACUCACACUCCACACUCUCUGUCAUAGAAGCUUCUUCAUAUCCUCUCAGAUACUAUCCUCUCAGAGCUUCUUCCUCUCUCUGUCCAUGCUCUCUACAUCAUAGGAGCUUCUUUCACCGCCGCCGCUCUUUCCAUCGCUCCGUCCACGAUCUCAUCACUGACAGCAACGGCCAUUCGCUGGUCAUCUUCAUCCACCGGUUCAGGUAUGGCUUCAGGAAUCGAAACCAUUACACACUAAACAAACCAACUAACCCUAGCAACAACAUUAUCAAUCUUACUCUCACGUUGUAAACUUGAAGUGCAGCGAUUAGAAUCUUCUCUGGUUAGAUUUUCAAGCAGUGAAACUGUUACUGCAGAAUUCUGCGGUGAAGAAUGCCAUUCCAUACUAUAGUACCAGGAAAAAACCAUCUACUUUGAAAAAUGAGAGAGAAAACAUGAAAGAUCAACUGGACCUUCGUUAUAGUAGCAAAAAUCAGAGUGAGGUGGAAGUGGAAACUGAACCUGAAAUUCUUGAUGAAAGUAUUAAUGCUGUAGAAAUAGAUCCAGUAUCAAAGAUUCAGUCAUCACUUGAUAUUUCUCUUGCAAAAGCUACAAAAACGAACAACAUACAUGAAGGUCAACUUAAUAGAUCCCAAGGCCACGCAAAUGGUUCAAUAAAAUCAAUAAGAGAAGGAGAACUCAUGACGAAAGGAAAAUUUGAACGUAUAAAAUCAAUGCUAGAGGCAGAGUUAAGUGAUAUUCAGGAGCAGUACUUCCACAUGAGCCUUAAAUAUGCUGAGGUAGAAGCCGAGCAUGAAGAACUUGUGAUGAAACUCAAAGAGGUUGGAUUGAUGGAAGAAACCAAGCUGUUGCUGAGUGAAAAAGAAAUUUUGAGCCUUAAAGUGGAGAAUUUACUGGAAAAAAUUAAUCUUCUUGAGAGUGAUUUGAGUUCCUUUGUUGAGAACGAGUUUUCUAGGCACUUGCAGCAUUAGUACUUAAGACUGGUGUUACCAUUCAGCAACGUGCAGAGAGACUCUUCUUCACAAAGAUUGAAGAUGAAGAUGUUUGAUGGAAGCAAGAAUGAAGUGACUUGCAUUGAAUUUGGUUUCUAUAUUGGGUUUGUUACUUUGUUUCCACCUACCAUUGCUGAUAUAUAGCUAAGUGAACUUUGGUACAUGUCAUGAAAUCUAUUAUGAUCAGUUUCACAUAAAUUAAACUCCAGAGGACACCUUAAUAUUUAUCCCUUGUAUGAUUAGCUUGCAGGUACAAAUAAUCACUAAUAUUUUUCUAGUGCUUAAAUUAACCUUGGUGUAAACAUAGAUAUAUAUCAUAGAAGAUUAUAUAGACACAGUUAUACAUACAUGUAAAAAAUCUCUUUGACAUAUAUAGCAUUAUUUAAUUUUCUUAUUUUUCAGAACUAUAUGUAAUAUAAAAGGUUAUAUCCAUUAUGAAGCAUUUAAGCUUAUCAUCAAAUUCUAAAGAUAAAAAGUGGUCUCAGAUGUCUUAAUAACAUAAAAGUUUGAUGGUGAGUAUGAAGGUGAGCUGUAACAGGUUAAUGUAGCAUAGUCCAGAAAGUUGUGAGGAAAGCUGGGAUGAUGAAGAAAAAGCAGUAGCAGCAGAAAGAGCAAGUGAAGUGAAUUUUACAGAUGAGAUAAGUGGAAUUAACACAGGACCUCCUUCACCAACUUCAUCUAAUGAAUCCUUUGUUACAAGUUAAUUAUUAGAGCAGCGAAAAUUGUUCAAAUGAGUUAGGAAAUUGAAUAGGAGUUGCUUGCAGCAUAGGUCUUUUAAUUUACUAGUAUGAGAAAAAUUAUUUAGAGCCCUUUGGAUACCCAUUAAUGACUUUUAAUUUACUCAAUAAACUUUGUU